GUUCUGGAAGGGUAAUACAGAGGCUUUCUUUCUGUGGCUUUCCUUUUUCUCCUCUGUGCAUGGCGAAGUCCCCAGAAAACACUACUGUGGAGGAGACUCUGGGGCAAUAUCAAGGGAGUCUCACGGAACAUUCAAAUAGAAGCAUUUUACAACUGAAAUCUUCCCCGAGAGAAGGCAGUAUCACUUUUUCAGAAGACAAGCUAGAUGCUCCUGUUAGCAUCACUGUAGUAAAUGAAGAUCCUGAUGCUACCUGCCAUAAACUAAAUUCCAGCCAUGCAGUUUGUCAGCUUAGAGAUUUGUUGCAUCAACAUCAAACAAAGGAAAAUGAGGUAUCUACAUCAAGACAAAAAAUACCUUCUUUGGAGAACCUAAAAUUUACUUAUAAGGAAAAGAAAGAAGUCCUUGAACCUCAACUGAAAUUUUUAAGAGUAAAUUUAGCUGAAUAUCAGGAAGACUGUGAAGAAUAUAAACAGCAAUUAAAGCAUAAAGACUCUAUUCUUGUUGAUAAGGUUUCUAGACAUAUUGGUGGUCUUUGUUUGAAAUGUGCUCAGCAUGAAGCUGUUCUUUCCCAAACCCAUAAUAAUGUUCAUUUGCUCACCAUUCAAAGACUAAACAAGGAAAGAGACGACUUAAUAUCUGCACUAGUUUCAAUAAGGAGCAGCUUAACAGAUGUGCAGCGAAGAGAAGCAAGUUCUUAUGAGCAGGUGAAACAAGCUGUUCAAAUGACCGAGGAAGCCAAUUUCGAAAAAACUAAGACUUUAAUCCAGUGUGAGCAAUUGAAGAAUGAACUUGAGAAGCAGACAGAACGCCUUGAAAAAGAACUUGUGUCUCAGCAAGAGAAAUGGACUUUUGAGAAAACGACAAUUAAAAAGGAAAUAACAAAAGAAAGGGAUGACAUGAGAUUAAAGAUGUUGGCACUGUCUGAGAAUAUUGCCCAAUUGGAGGCUAAUAUUGAAAAGGUUACAAGAGAGAAGACUGAAGCUACUAAUCAAUUAGAAAAAACUCAAAAGAAGCUUGUUUCCCAGGAGGAGGAAAGUACAAAGGUGUUUGGGGAAAUGCAAUAUCAAUUGAAUAAAAUAAAAAUGGAAAAAGAUGAGGCAGAAAAGGAACACAAAAAGCACAGAAUAAAAUUUAAAAGGGAUCUUGAUAUUAAAAGUCAGGAAAUAGAGAAAUUGAAAUCUGAACUGAGUGAAAGUCAACAACUCUUAGAAAAGGAGCAGCAGAAGGCAGCCCUGGCCCAAGAGGAGCGCCUGAAACUGACAGAUCUGCUGAGCAAGUCUGAGCAACAACUACACCAUAUUAGACUGGAAAAAAAUAACAUUCAGCAGAGCUUUCUCAAUGAUGCAAAGGAUCAAGCCAUUCAGGCCCAGCAAAGAGAACAGGAGCUAAUAAAGAAGAUACAGCAAAUGGAAGAACAACAUGAUAGAACUGAAAAUGAACAGUUUUCAUUGAUCUCCCAGAACACAUUUUUGAAAAAGUUAAAGGAAGAAUACCAUAUAUUAGCCAACAAACUGGAACAAAUCUAUCAAAACAGCAGCUUAAAAAUUUCUGAGCUCAAUCAAGAAAAAUUGUACUUAAAUAACAAACUGGAAAAGUUGCAGAAAAGGAAUAAUGAACUGGAGAAACAAUGUGUUCAACAUGGGAGAGUCCAUGAGAUAAUGAAGCAAAGAUUAAUGCAACUGGAAAAGUACAGUCAGGUUACAGCCCAACAACUGUUGCAGCUCCUCAAAAAACAAAACCAGUUUUUGCUGGAACAGAAUGUGACAGAAGAUAUGGAGCUUCUGCAAGCCGAGGAAAUAUACCAAAUGAUGGAGAAUGAUUGUCUCUCAGACCAGCUUCAGCUCAGUUCAGCAGAGAACAGGUUCUCUUUAUCCUUACUCAAUUCAGAACUGUAUCUUAACAGGCUAGCAGUUGGAAUGAUCAGAGUCCAAAAACUAGGUUAG